UGGAAUUCACUCCAUAUACCAGGUUGGCCCCUAACUCAGAGAUCCUCCGGCCUCUGCCUCCCAAGUGCUGGAAUUAAAAAUGUGUACCACUAUGCCUGGCUUAAUAGUAUACUUUAAUUCAGUAUAUCCAAAGCAUUAUUUUAACAUGUAGUGAAUAUAAAAAUAUCAAUGAGGAGAGCUGGGAAGCUGGCUUAGUGGAUAAAGAAUUUUCCAUAUAAACACGAGGACCAGAUUUUGCAUUCCCAGAGCUCAUAUAAAUGCUGGGUGGGCAUUGUAGCUUGCUUCUAAUUCUAGUGCUCUGGGUUCGAAGGAAAGACUCUGCCUCAAUGCAUAAGGUGAGGAGUAAGCCAGGCAGACUUCUGAUGCCUCUGGCCUCCACAUGCACAUGUACACACACACAUUUGAACACACACACACACACACACACACACACACACACACACACACACACGCCACAUGAAAACAAACAUAAAAAGAAUAUUAUCAAGGUAGUUUACAUACUGUUUUACAUACUCUUCACACCAUCUCCAAUAUCCAGUGUAUCUUGGUGCCGACAGCACACCUCACUUCAGUGGGAAGUAUUUCAAGUUAUGUGUGCUUGGGACUACUGCGUUGGUCGGCACGGGUAAAGAGAGCCCAUUCCUAGGAGGCAGAGAUGGGGAAGCUCGUGGCUCCCCACGGGGAGGAAUCUAGAACUGGAUGAGCACACAGGUCUUCAAAGGAGCAGUGGGCAUGACCCUGCCCUUUGCUGUCAUGCUUGGAAACGAUAUAGUCCACAUCACAUGGUGUGGUGAUUAGGAUCCCAUCCCACACUCAAUCACGCUUCCAAGCCGCCAUUCCUAGCUAUAGGGAGAUCUCGCCAGUUCUGGUGAGUCUACAGCAUUCCUUCCUCUGCCCCCAAUCCUCUCUUCUUAGCCCAAACUUCUACCACCUCGCACCUUAGCUUAAAGCCCUGACCUGUUACAUUUCAUUUUGUUUGUCAAUGAUAACAUGCCAUUGUUAUCAGCUCCUUAUACCUAUGUGAGCAAGUAAGUGCUGGAGCCUUGGCUGGGAGAAGGUAUGCUGGGAGCGGAGUAGGGAUGCCAGGGUCUGAGGGAAAAAGAAGUAAGUUUAGAAAAAAGGAGAUGGGAGGAGCUUAUAGCAUCCUGCUGGUUCAACAUCAUCAUUGAGCUCCUGGAGAGCAGGGACCAUGUCUCCCCAUGUUAGCAUCUCAUCAUUCACAGAAGGUGAUCUGUGCACCGAGUCACACUUCAUAGCUGAAAAGUUCCUUUUUGUGGUCUCCUUCAGAGCUAUCUUUUCAGCAAAGAGAAGACAUUUCCUGCACAAUCCCUGGUGAUCCUUGCGUUUUGCUGCCCCGUUUCCUUAGAGAGAACAGGAGAGUCUGGAGGGGUGUCAUGUAAGAAAUCAGACUUGGAACAAAAGGGAGAGAGAGAUGUAGUGGCCUGCAGAGCAGAGGAAAGUUCUGGAAGGAGCCAGGGCUGUCCUGUGGGUUCCCAAGCCCUAGCCCUAGGGUGUCUGGGUGAGAUGUUUGGGUUCACUCUGCAUUUCUGUAGCAAAGGUGUACAAAUCUCCUGCAGGGGGGCUGGAGAGACAGGCCCACUCUGAUCCUUCUUCGACUCCCCCUGGUUGGUUUUAUUAGACGUGGGAGGAGGCUGGAGAGGGUGGCCAUGUGCUGCAUCUAUGGGCACCAGGAGACAUGUUUCUCUCACCCACCGGGCUCUGGCCUUGAUUCAGAAUGAAUCUGUAGCAGACCCACUUGGGCCCUUGGGUUAGAUGUAAAAAAGACCCUACACACCAGCAGUGGGAUGUGAAGAGCAGAUGUAAGUUGGACACCUCAGGGCUUCGGGUGUUCUGAACCCAAGCGACUUGGCCUUGACCACUCUGCUUUAGAGGGCUGUCCUAAAUGAGCUUGCUGAAGGGAAGGUGUCGAAGACAUCCAAGCUCUGGAGGAGAGGAUCUGCCAGGCAGAGCCACACAGCAGAGGUCCAGGGCUGGCUCCGGGCAAGCAGAGCACUGAGCAGUAGUGUUUGUUCUGAUGAGGGUUAGAUGCAAGAUUCAGUUCGGCUGUCGAGUGGACUGGGCUGCGGGGGUGCCACAGAGCUACCUGUCUUUAUCUGGCAGAGGGACUGUCGCCUCCAGGAUAAAAUUUGCUAGUGGCAGAGAAUAGCUGGAUUUCUUAUUUUGAGAGUUCAGACAGGCUAAGUGACUUCUCAAAGAUCACACAACUGAGGCUGGAGAGACAGCUCAGUGGUUGCAGAAGACCUUAGUUGGAUUCCUAGUACACACGCCUGGCAACUCACAACUAUCUGAAACUAGAACUCCAGGGGAUCUGACUCUACAGGUACCCCCCCACACGUACAGAUCCCUACAAAAACACACACGUCUUCACAUAAUUUCCUAAUUUUUGUCUUUUUUUUUUUUCAGAGCUGAGGACCAAACCCAGGGCCUUGCACUUGCUAGGCAAGCGCUCUACCACUGAGCUAAAUCCCUAAUCCCCUUCACGUAAUUUUGUAAUGAAUCUUUUAUUUGUUUUAAAGAUCACACUGCUAGUGGGUGGCAUUCCUGAUUUGAACUCAGCUCUGUCCAUCUCAGAUCAGGGCUCUUGAACAACACACAAACAUUUCAGUGUCUUUGCUAGGGCAGAGCCCAGAUAACUGGGUUUGGGGACUAUGACCUUUCUAGCUAUUCAUAGAUAAGGGUGACAAGCCUCGUCCUGGAUGCUGCCUCUCCAAGGUGCCCUGGGGAUGCUCAGCUAACUUGUCUCUUUCUCUGUGUCUGUCUGUGUCUGUCUGUCUGUCUCUGCCUCUCCUGUGGAGGGAGGUUCUCUCUUCUCUGUCCUCUGGCCCUGUGUUCUCUGGUCUUUGCCUCCUGUCUGUCCACCUGUCUCUCUCUAUGCCUGCCCUGGUUUCUCUGCAGGACCCUCCAGUGGACAUGGGUGGGGCCCUAGGGCCGGCCCUCCUGCUCACUUCCCUCCUCGGUGCCUGGGCAGGGCUGGGCCCAGGGCAGAGAGAGCAGGCAGUGACGGUGGCAGUGGUGUUUGGCAGCUCUGGGCCACUGCAGGCCCAGGCCCGCACUCGUCUCACCCCUCAGAACUUCCUAGACCUGCCUCUGGAGAUCCAGCCACUCACAGUUGGCGUCAACAAUACCAACCCCAGCAGCAUCCUCACCCAAAUCUGCGGGCUUCUGGGUGCUGCCCGUGUCCACGGCAUCGUCUUUGAAGACAACGUGGACACUGAGGCGGUGGCCCAGCUACUGGACUUCGUCUCCUCCCAGACCCACGUGCCCAUCCUCAGCAUCAGUGGAGGCUCUGCUGUGGUCCUAACCCCCAAGGAGCCUGGCUCCGCCUUCCUGCAGCUGGGCGUGUCCCUGGAGCAGCAGCUGCAGGUGCUGUUCAAGGUGCUGGAGGAAUACGACUGGAGCGCGUUCGCCGUCAUCACCAGCCUGCACCCGGGCCACGCGCUCUUCCUCGAGGGCGUGCGCGCCGUCGCCGACGCCAGCUACCUGAGCUGGCGGCUGCUGGACGUGCUCACACUGGAGCUGGGCCCGGGCGGGCCCCGGGCGCGCACUCAGCGCCUGCUGCGCCAGGUCGAUGCUCCCGUGCUGGUGGCCUACUGCUCCCGCGAGGAGGCCGAGGUGCUCUUCGCUGAGGCGGCACAGGCCGGCCUGGUGGGACCCGGCCACGUGUGGUUGGUGCCUAAUCUGGCGCUGGGGAGCACCGACGCGCCCCCGGCAGCCUUCCCUGUGGGCCUCAUCAGUGUGGUCACCGAGAGCUGGCGCCUUAGCCUGCGCCAGAAGGUUCGCGACGGUGUGGCCAUCCUGGCCCUCGGUGCCCACAGCUACCGACGCCAGUACGGUACCCUGCCUGCCCCGGCUGGGGACUGCCGAAGCCACCCCGGACCUGUCAGCCCUGCCAGGCAGGCCUUCUACAGGCACCUACUGAAUGUCACCUGGGAGGGCCGAGACUUCUCCUUCAGCCCUGGUGGGUACCUGGUCCAGCCCACCAUGGUUGUGAUCGCCCUCAACCGGCACCGCCUCUGGGAGAUGGUGGGGCGCUGGGAUCAUGGCGUCCUGUACAUGAAGUACCCAGUGUGGCCUCGCUACAGCACUUCUCUGCAGCCUGUGGUGGACAGCCGGCAUCUGACGGUGGCCACACUGGAAGAACGGCCCUUUGUCAUUGUGGAAAGCCCUGACCCUGGCACUGGUGGCUGCGUACCCAACACUGUGCCCUGCCGUAGACAGAGCAACCACACCUUCAGCAGCGGGGAUAUCACCCCCUACACCAAGCUCUGUUGUAAGGGCUUCUGCAUCGACAUCCUCAAGAAGCUGGCCAAGGUGGUCAAGUUCUCCUAUGACCUGUACCUGGUGACCAACGGCAAACAUGGCAAGCGGGUGCGAGGUGUGUGGAACGGCAUGAUCGGGGAGGUAUACUACAAGCGGGCAGACAUGGCCAUCGGCUCCCUCACCAUCAAUGAGGAGCGCUCCGAGAUUAUAGAUUUCUCUGUGCCUUUUGUGGAGACCGGCAUCAGUGUGAUGGUGGCUAGAAGCAAUGGCACCGUCUCCCCCUCAGCCUUCCUGGAACCCUACAGCCCUGCCGUGUGGGUGAUGAUGUUUGUGAUGUGCCUCACGGUGGUCGCCAUCACUGUCUUCAUGUUCGAGUACUUCAGCCCCGUCAGCUACAACCAGAACCUCACCAAGGGCAAGAAAUCUGGAGGACCAUCCUUCACCAUUGGCAAGUCCGUGUGGUUGCUGUGGGCGCUGGUCUUCAACAACUCUGUUCCCAUCGAGAACCCCCGGGGUACCACCAGCAAGAUCAUGGUCCUGGUCUGGGCUUUCUUUGCUGUUAUUUUCCUCGCCAGCUACACGGCCAAUCUGGCAGCCUUCAUGAUCCAGGAGCAAUACAUCGACACUGUGUCGGGCCUUAGUGACAAGAAGUUUCAGCGGCCUCAAGAUCAAUACCCACCCUUCCGUUUCGGCACGGUGCCCAAUGGCAGCACAGAGAGGAACAUUCGGAGCAACUACCGUGACAUGCACACCCACAUGGUCAAGUUCAACCAGCGCUCGGUGGAGGAUGCUCUCACAAGCCUCAAGAUGGGGAAGCUGGACGCCUUCAUCUACGAUGCUGCUGUCCUCAACUACAUGGCGGGCAAGGAUGAGGGCUGCAAGCUGGUCACCAUCGGAUCUGGCAAGGUCUUCGCCACCACUGGCUAUGGCAUCGCCAUGCAGAAAGACUCCCACUGGAAGCGGGCCAUAGACCUGGCACUCCUGCAGUUCCUGGGGGAUGGAGAGACCCAGAAGCUGGAGACCGUGUGGCUCUCAGGGAUCUGCCAGAAUGAGAAGAACGAGGUGAUGAGCAGCAAGCUGGACAUCGACAACAUGGCGGGCGUCUUCUACAUGCUGCUGGUGGCCAUGGGGCUGGCCCUGCUGGUCUUUGCCUGGGAGCACCUUGUCUACUGGAAACUUCGCCACUCUGUGCCCAACUCACCCCAGCUGGACUUCCUGCUGGCUUUCAGCAGGGGCAUCUACAGCUGCUUCAACGGGGUACAGAGCCUCCCCAGCCCUGCGCGGCCACCCAGCCCGGACCUUACAGCAGGCUCAGCCCAGGCCAGUGUGUUGAAGAUGCUACAGGCGGCUCGAGACAUGGUGAACACCGCGGAUAUGAGCAGCUCCCUGGACCGCGCCACACGCACCAUCGAGAACUGGAGCAGCAACCGCCGAGCACCUGCUCCCACCAGCUCGGGCCCGCGGUCAUCCACCCCGGGUCCUCCGGGACAACCGAGUCCCAGUGGCUGGGGGCCGCCCGGUGGGGGCCACACACCGCUAGUGCGCAGGGCCCCGCAGCCCUCCGGCCGCCCCGCGAUGUGCGGGCCGCCUCCUCCCGCAGUGUCCCGAGCACCCUGCAGGCACGCUUGGGAUACACGGUGGCCGGUGCAGGUCGCGCACCCGGGGCGGCACCUUUCGGCCUCCGAGCGGCGCGCGCUCCCGGAGCGCCCCCUGUUGCCCGCGCACUGCCACUACAGCUCCUUCCCUCGCGCUGAGAGAUCCGGGCGCCCCUUCCUCCCGCUCUUCCCGGAGCCCCCGGAGCCCGACGACUUGCCGCUGCUCAGGCCGGAACAGCUGGCUCGGCGGGAGGCUCUGCUGCGCGCGGCCUGGGCCCGGGGCCCGCGUCCUCGCCAUGCUUCCCUACCCAGCUCGGUAGCAGAAGCCUUCACUCGAUCCAGCCCGCUGCCUGCCAGGUGCGCCGGUCACGCCUGUGCCUGCCCCUGCCCCCAAAGCCAGCCAUCCUGCAGGCACUUGGUUCAGGCACAGUCCAUGCGGCUGCCAUCCUACCGAGAAGCCUGUGUGGAGGGCGUACCGGCAGGGGCGGCCACCUGGCAGCCCAGACAGCACGUCUGCCUGCACACCCAUACCCACCUGCCAUUCUGUUGGGGGGCUGUCUGCCGCCAUUCUCUACCCUGUGCCAGCCACAGCCCCUGGCUCACUGGAGCCUGGGAGCCUCCAUUACACAGAGGCAGGACCCUGGGGCUAGGCACAGGCUACAGGGACAGUGGGGUGCUGGAAGAGGUCAGCAGGGAAACCCGUGGGACACAAGGUUUCCCAAGGUCCUGUACCUGGAGGCGAAUCUCCAGCCUGGAAUCAGAAGUAUGAGGUGCCAGCUGCUCUGGUUCCUGCUGGACUGGAUUUUGUGGCUGGCCUUGGCCAUGUUUGGUGGGCAGGCAAGCGUGGACUUCUCUGGCUUCUCCUUUGAAAUCCUGGCCAUCGGACCCAGUGAAGAUGUCUACCAUGGCCAGUGUGUGACCUUAGAAGGCUCGGGUCCUGGUGUGGACUGGGGUCCUGCUCAUCACACCAAGUUUUGCAGUCACAGGAGGUGAAAAUGGGUCCCUGUCCUGGGGCCAGCCAGAUCCUAACUGUGGCUGCUGUGGCCUUGGGUUAGGGACACAGAAAUUGGAACUGGAGGUUGGGGUGGGGCCAUGCCACCCCUUGCUCCAGUAGGUUGGAAUUUCUUCUCAUUGGAGCAUUAAAGCAAUGUUUUACAGCCCA